AUGGGUGGUCUCGAGGUCGACGUCAGUAAAUUUGAGCACUUCACAGGACAUUGGGCAGCUCGAGGAACAUUGCAGUCUGGCACAUUACGGCUAUCAGUCAACGGUGUUCUACAACUUGCAAGAAUGGGCCAUUUCCUUCCCAUUGAACGAUCCAAGAUCAACGACAAGAGCAAAGCAGAUACUUUGCAAAAGGUUCUUGUCAUGACGCAGAAGCCAAAAGACUUGUUGGACCCAGAUUCUGUCGACACGACCAAAUUUGAGGACAUUGUUGCCCUCAUGGUUCAAGAACAAUUCCACUGGAAUAAGAGCGAUGAGUUUAUUUUAUAUGCCAAACCAUUAGCCGAUGAACACAAUGAUAGCCAAAGCCAAGCUGCGCUGGUCUGGGUGCACUCUACCGAUACGUCUCGACGCAAGUAUUUUCAAGAUGAUCAAGGUUUAGCUCAACAAAUCAAUUUGAUUGAAGAUGACGGAAAUCGUAUCAUGUUAAAAACUGGCGAGGUUCUCCCAUCAGGUCUUGGGGUCGUUGCCAGAUCUUCUAGUUGGGAAACGGAGACUAUUCAGCGAAAGGUUCUGCCUUCGUGGUACAAUGAACAUGCAUACGAUGAUCCCUGGGACAUCCCGGACAGUAUUUGGGUUACCGAGUGGGUUGAGGCUGAGCCAGUUCCUCCGACCGUGGAUCUCUAUGCCGAGGAUAUUCAACGAUGGAACCAUGUUAUACGAGCAAUCGAGAACCUUGACGGUCAAAUUCAGGAGCCACAACCGUUCCGUGACAGUCAUCAAAGAGCUCGAUAUCGGGAUCAAAACUUUCACAACGCUUUUUUACGAUCUGCCGGAAAUCUUCAGUACUCAGAAGAAAGCCGGGUUGACCCGGAUCAGAUUCUUAGCUUCAUUAUCGAUAACCCCAUCCUGCUAGUCCUCCUCCUCGUUCUCCCGGGUCUAUACGGCGGCAUUCAUCUUGGAACGGCACAAAUACUAUUUCCCACUGACAUCGAGAAGCUUCUUUGGAAAAUUGCAUCUAUUGAUAUCAUCGUCUCGAUGCCAAUAUUCCUGAUAAUCUCUGUCCUUGGCCUUGGCUUUUCCCAACGGUAUCUCAAGUAUGAGUCUAUUGCACAUGACUCGUGGGCAACUUUAUACAAAUUUCCGGCACAUCUGAUUUUUCUUGGAUAUAGUCUCUCUAGAACGUUUCUCGUUAUCGAAUCAUUCAUUAGUCUGAGAGCGCUUCCGAUAGGGGCUUACUGGACACCUUCGUGGUUGCAGAUGAUACCACAUGUUUGA